CGAUGCGUCAUACCCUCCAGUUGUACCAACUGUACCCCAAUUGGGGUGUGAAGGGGGGGAAUUCAGUCAGAGCAUUUGUAAACAUCAUAACCUGUCUUUUUAGAUUUUUUUUUUAAAGGACCUCAGGCUUUUUUGGCAGGCUGGAGAGUUGGAAGAAUUUAAGGAGACGUUUUAUUUUGGUUCUUUUUUAUUCAUUGAGUCAUGCAUCGACAUUUUAAUAAUUCUGAGACUUCGAAGAAUCAGGCAAAUCAGGCGGAGUUGGAGAGCCAAUUUGUUAUGAGGCUGCCUGUGGAACCUGCUAAGGUACUCAGGGAAUUGCUGCAGUCCGGAGCGUCUUUGAAGGACAGACUUGCGAUAAAACUUGAGAGUGAUUUGAGAUAUGGAGAAGUUAGGAUGGAUCAUUGGUUGCUGCAUGCAAAGGUUGUCGAUCUUCCCACAGUCGUCGAGUCCCUGAAAACAAUCGACAACAAGAGUUUCUACAAAACCGCUGACAUCUGCCAGAUGCUCAUCUGCAAAGAAGAGGACGACCAAAUAACAGACGACGAGUCCCCAGUGCGUCAGAAGAAGAAAGAUCCAAACAAAGUAGACAGAAAAUUUCUCUGGCCACACGGAAUUACACCACCAGUAAAAAACGUCCGACGAAGACGUUUUAGAAAAACAUUGAAGAAAAAAUACGUCGAAGCACCAGAGAUUGAGAAGGAAGUCAAGAGACUUCUCAGGGGUGAUAACGACGCUGUUAGUGUCAAGUGGGAGGUGAUUUGUGAGGACGAAGACACUACCAAACCCAACAAAGUAUCGAAUUCGGGGACUGUCAAGGGAAAACGGGACAAUGUUAAUGGGAAUUCCUCCCAAAGUGUUGAUGUUGCUGAACACGACAUAUUUGGAGAGGCUGUCAGUGAUAGUGAGGAUGACGACGAAGAGGCGAACAUCAACGUCAUAGAGCUGGAUGAGAAUAGUAGGUUAUCAGCGGAUAGCAGAGUCUCUGACUCGAACUCCAUCCAAGUUCGAUAUGGUGAACGUUCUGGACAAGACACCAGCACCACGGAAUUAAUCACUGAGUUCAGCAAGGAUAUGUUCCCCUCAGAGUCUCAGGACGACCAGGAGAGUCUUGGAACUGUCCAGAAAAUCCCGAAACUUGAGGUAUUCCACUCUGAGUACAUAAUUCCUGAUAUUUACUCUGAGGGUGGAUCGAUGUCAAUGACUAAAGAUUCGGUACAAUCGCGACUCGAACAACUGCACAGCGAGCUCCGAGAAUUACGUCAUCGCAGAGAACAACAAGAGGCUGAAAUCUCAAACAUCGAGAAUCUCAAGUUACGCCAGAGGUUCCAAGAAAUUCUUGAUAAUUUACUGACGCAAGAGGCACAGAAGAUGCAGGAGAUCCAAGAGUUGGAGCUCGAGUGAGAUAUAAACUAGAGGAACGAAGAGAGAAGACUAGAGGAAAAAAUAUAGCUAUUGGAGUUUUCUGUUUGCUGACUGCAAUCUUAUAUAUUUCAUAUAGAAUUACACACCUCUACAGAUCGUGUUCAGUGGUUUCUAACAUUGCAGAUGAUUAAUGUCUUCGUUUAUUUGGUGUUGAUGUACACAUGCUCUUAUUGAAAACAUUAGAAAAAAUUAUAUAAAAUUGUUUACCGUAA